AUGAGGGAGAUUAUCAGCAUCCACAUCGGCCAGGCGGGGAUCCAGGUGGGGAAUGCCUGCUGGGAGCUCUACUGCCUCGAGCAUGGCAUUCACCCGGACGGAAUGAUGCCCAGGUCUGCUCGAGCCUUCUCUCGUUCUGGAUUCCCGAUGACAAUCUUUUGUUGUAAAUCGCAUGUCGUCGUCGUCAUCGUUAUAGUCUCCGUGCUUUCGCUGUAAUUGUGCUUCCUCAUUCUGCUUUCUCACAGACGUCGUGGAAAUGGAAGAGGUCCUGGCGUUGCCGCGGCAAACCUUUUUCCGCAAUGCCUCUUCCCUUCUACCUUCCUGAUCUAGUCUCUGUUCCCGUAGCUCGCAUUCUCUGUCAGAUCUCCAGCUUAGCGGCUUUGUUUGUUCGAUCCGUGCCUCCCAACCUUAGAUUCAUUCCCUCAACUAGCUCGUCGCUUCCCUUCUGCUGCCACUAGAUAGAUGAUCGCUGGUGGAGUUCCGAUCGAUCCUGCGUUUUUUCGUUGGAAUCCCCCGGCUGACAUUGCGAAAACCUCCGAUUCUCUGAAGCGACACGACGGUGGGAGUCGCGCACGAUGCUUUCAAUACAUUCUUCAGCGAGACGGGCGCGGGAAAGCACGUACCACGGGCGAUCUUCGUAGAUCUGGAGCCCACGGUCAUCGAUGAGGUUCGGACGGGGACGUACCGCGAGCUGUUCCACCCGGAGCAGCUCAUCUCCGGCAAGGAAGAUGCCGCGAACAAUUUUGCUCGCGGCCACUACACCGGUGAGAAACGAGAACGAUCUUCCUCCUCUCAUCACUGUGGUUAAACGACGCCUUCCUGGAUCUGAGAGAACCUCCUCUUCUUGAUUCUGCUGCAGUGGGGAAGGAGAUCGUGGAUCUGUGCCUCGACCGCGUCAGGAAAUUGGCGGACAACUGUACCGGUCUCCAAGGGUUUCUGGUCUUCAAUGCCGUCGGCGGAGGAACCGGAUCAGGCCUGGGAUCCCUGCUCCUGGAACGCCUCUCUGUGGAUUACGGGAAGAAAUCCAAGCUCGGCUUCACCAUAUAUCCCUCUCCGCAGGUACGCAUCUCGAUCUUCCUCUCCUCUGCUGCCGCCGGUUGUUCUGAGAUCCUCGAUUUCUUCCACAUCCAGGUUUCCACGGCGGUGGUGGAGCCGUACAACAGCGUCCUCUCCACACACUCCCUGCUCGAGCACACUGAUGUCGCCGUCCUCCUGGACAACGAGGCCAUCUACGACAUCUGCAGGAGAUCGCUGGACAUUGAGAGGCCGACGUACACGAAUCUGAACCGGCUGAUAUCUCAGGUCAUCUCCUCGCUGACGACAUCCCUGAGAUUCGACGGAGCCAUCAACGUCGACGUCACGGAGUUCCAGACGAACCUCGUGCCGUAUCCUCGGAUCCACUUCAUGCUCUCCUCCUACGCGCCGGUCAUCUCCGCCGAGAAGGCCUACCACGAGCAGCUCUCCGUACCGGAGAUCACCAACGCGGUCUUCGAACCUGCGAGCAUGAUGGCCAAAUGCGAUCCCCGCCAUGGAAAGUACAUGGCCUGCUGCCUGAUGUACCGCGGGGACGUCGUCCCCAAGGACGUCAACGCCGCCGUCGCCACCAUCAAGACGAAGAGGACGGUCCAGUUCGUCGACUGGUGUGAUUCCUCUGCUCUGAUCUGAUCUGAUCUGCUUUGCUCUGCUCUGAUCUCUAUCUCGCUGAGGAUCUCGUCGGAGUUGCAGGUGUCCGACGGGGUUCAAGUGCGGGAUCAACUACCAGCCGCCGACGGUCGUCCCCGGCGGCGAUCUAGCGAGGGUGCAGCGUGCGGUGUGCAUGAUCAGCAACAACACGGCGGUGGCGGAGGUGUUCUCCAGGAUCGACCACAAGUUCGAUCUGAUGUACGCGAAGCGCGCCUUCGUCCACUGGUACGUCGGGGAAGGGAUGGAAGAAGGCGAGUUCUCGGAGGCGAGGGAGGACCUGGCCGCCCUGGAGAAGGACUACGAGGAGGUCGGUGCGGAGGGCGCCGAUGACGAAGACGACGGGGAAGACGAAUACUGA